CACACAGCGACCCGUUAGCCAGUGAUGCCCAUAAAAAGGACCCUGCGUCCAAGAAACUCAGUGGAACCCGCGUCUCCCGGUGCUUUGAGGUAGGCCCAGGUACAGCUGCCGCCAACACCCGAUCACCAACGGAAGGCGCCGUAAGGACAGAUACGACUCAGUAUGGCGCGAAGAAAAGCGAAUGCGGCAGCGGCCGACACGGAGCAAGUCCAAGAAAAAGGCACGACCCGGAAACGGUUCAGUAACGCCGGAGAUCCAGACCAUGCCGCCAAGAGAGUGCGGUCCGGUAUUGAGGAGAGGACGGACUAUUCCAGAUGGCGUCUGCGAGACGACCAUGGCAGGCAUACCUGGCGCUAUCUGGAAGAUGACGAGGAGCUGAAGAGCUGGCCGCAAACACUCGCCGACAAGUACUUCCUGGGUCUUCCGCUGGAUCUGCCCCCGCUCCCGAAGCCUAAAACCCCCCUGGACGCGGUCCGCAACGGCCUCAACUUCUUCGAAAAGCUUCAGCUCCCAAGCGGUCAUUGGGGAUGCGAAUACGGUGGCCCCAUGUUUCUCCUUCCGUGCGUCGUCCUCGCGUGGUAUGUGACGAAGACGCCAAUCCCGUGGUACUAUGCUACCGAAAUCAAGAACUAUCUAUUCGCCCGGGCGCAUCCGGAGGAUGGGGGCUGGGGCUUGCAUAUCGAGGGCGAGACCUCCGUGUUUGGCACGUCGCUCAACUACACCGUGCUACGCCUGGUUGGGGUGGACGCCGAGCACCCCAAGAUGGUGAAGGCCCGCGCCACCCUGCACAAGCUUGGAGGCGCAACCCAUGCUCCGCACUGGGCAAAGUGGUGGCUUGCGGUCCUAGGGGUGGCGAACUGGGAUAUCGUCAAUCCUGUACCUCCAGAGCUAUGGCUUCUUCCAGAUUGGGUCCCCUUCGCGCCCUGGAGAUGGUGGAUUCAUAUUCGACAAGUUUAUCUGCCAAUGAGUUAUUUGUGGUCCAGACGAUGGCAGGCAGAAGAGACCGAAACGAUCCGCUCCCUCCGUAAAGAACUGUUCGUCGAGGAUUGGGACAAGAUUGACUGGGCCGGCCACCGCAACACCAUUCAUCCCAGGGAUAAUUACCACCCAAAGACGUGGUUUCUGAACACAAUCAACUGGCUCCUCGCCAACGUCUGGAAGCCGUUCUUCAGAGUGAAUCCGCUUGUCGAGAAGGCGGAAGCUUGGGUCAUGAAACAGAUCGAGAUGGAGAACGAGAACACUGACUGCUUAGACCUGGCCACUGUGUCUGCCCCAAUGAACCUUGUCGCUCUCUACGCCCGGGAAGGCCCGGACACGUAUGCGGUGCGUCGGCACAAGGAGAGAUCACACGAAAUGCUCUGGGUCAAGGACGAAGGUCUCCUUGCCAACGGUACCAACGGAGUGCAGUGCUGGGACACCGCAUUCGCUAUCCAAGCCGUGAUGGACGCAGGGCUUACUGAAGACCCGCGUUGGCGGCCCAUGCUACUGAAGGCUCUUGAAUUCCUUGACGACCAGCAGAUCCGUGACAAUGUCAAGGAUCAGGACAAGUGCUACCGUCAGCAGCGCAAGGGAGGAUGGGCCUUCAGCAACAAGGACCAAGGCUACGCCGUAAGCGACUGCGUGUCUGAGGCGCUCAAAUCUGUCAUUAUCUUGCAGAAGACGCCCGGAUUCCCUACGCUCAUCGAUGACCAGCGCAUCUUCGACGCCAUCGACACCCUCCUGACCUACCAAAAUUCCAACGGCAGCUGCUCAUCCUACGAGCCACCACGGGCCGGGCCGUGGAUGGAGAUGCUGAAUGCGGCCGAGGUCUUCGGCAACAUCAUGGUCGAGUACGAGUAUCCAGAAUGCACCACCGCCGUCGUCACCGCUCUCUCGCUGUUCCACAAGCAUUGGCCCGACUACCGAGCCAAGGAAAUCGAACGCUUCGUCGAACGGGCCGUGCGCUGGAUCAAGACCGCCCAGCGACCGCAUGGUGGCUGGUACGGCAGCUGGGGAAUCUGUUACACGUACGCAACCAUGUUCGCUCUCGAGAGUCUGGCUAGCACCGGAGAAACCUACAAGAACAGCUUGCACUCUAAGCGGGGAUGUGACUUCCUCAUCUCCAAGCAGCGCAAAGACGGCGGUUGGUCUGAGCACUACAAGUCUUGCGAAACGGGCGAAUACAUCGAGCACUCAUCUGGCUCCCAAGUCGUCAUGACGGCCUGGGCACUGAUUGGCCUCAUGAAAGCAAACUACCCGCACAUAGAGCCCAUCAAGAAGGGUAUCAAACUGAUCAUGGACCGCCAGCAGCCUAACGGUGAGUGGUUGCAGGAGGCGAUCGAGGGCGUCUUCAACAAAAGCUGCAUGAUAUCGUACCCGAACUACAAGUUCACCUUCCCGUUGAAGGCGCUGGGCAUGUUUGCCCGGAAGUAUCCCGGCGAGACCGUCGUCUAGUCUCGAGCAGUUGGACACAGUUUUGUGGAGGAUGUCGGUUCGGUUUGCAAAGAAGUUUACGGAAAACUAUAAGCCCCCUUUCCAAAUCCUGCACCUAGAGCCAGGACGUCAUAA